CUUCUCCGACUUGAUUACCGUGAUCUUUCUAAAAUUUUGUUUUUGAGCUAGCUAGACCUGUAAAACACGCCCUUUUGAAUUUUUUUGGUUGUAUAAAUGUCCAUUCAAAACGGUACCACCAUAAGUACGAUAGUUCACUAGCAGGCCUAGGUACAUACGACCGGCCCUAACCGAGAUCCACGACUUCUUUUGUAUAUCCUGAGAACUUCCAUUGAAUAAUCUAGGGAGCGUGGACGACAACUAGGCGCUCCGAGUCAUAAACGUAUCUAUACUCACCGUCUAUCUGCCCUCUGACUUUGUGCCAACAAUGGCUUACUCUAGAUCGUAUGCCGCACUUUCCAUUCCGUCCUUUUCUGCUGUCAAGGAAGGACAAUUCUGGCCUACGUUGGUCACUUUUGCCCGGUCAACUAUAACUGCAGUUCUCGACAAGGGGGCUAAAGAUGGGUUCAUAGAAAUUGUAGAAUGCAACGGCACUGAAAUGAAAUUCGGUACAUAUAACCAGGCUUCCUCAGACCGGCAAGGACUUCUCUUCGUUCACGACGAAAGCUUCUGGGUUCGUGUAUACCUUUCAUAUGAUGUCGGAUUUUCCGAAGCUUAUAUGAACGGCGAGAUAAGCUCUCCGUCCAUGAAGGACGUUUUGAAUAUCUACGUCGACAAUUAUCCUCAUCUGAGCACAGUAUGGUCCUUGACCUACAAGCUUAAAUCCAUUCUAGAUGUCAUCAUUCACCGUUUCCUCAGUCAUGGCUUCCGUCAAUCAAUCUUCAAUGUGGCAGGUUACGAUGCAUCGAACGAGCUCUAUAAGGCGUUCCUCAGUGAGGAGAUGCAAUAUUCGUGUCCCAUCUGGGGAGACAAAGAUGGCGGUGUUCGGGGUGAUCUGACCGGACGAAGAGCGUAUGGAGAUCUUGAACGUGCCCAGGAACGCAAGAUUCGUCACAUUUUGAAGAAGGCGAGGCUUCGGCCUGGUCACCGACUGUUGGAGAUAGGGAGUGGAUGGGGCAGUCUUGCGAUCGCGGCAGCAGAAAUGGGUUGCACUGUUGACUCCCUGACGCUGUCGGUCGGGCAAAAAACCCUGGCAGAGGAACGGAUCAGAAAGGCAGGAUUUGAGUCCCAAAUUCGGAUACACCUUAUGGACUAUAGAAACAUGCCUCCGAGUUUCGAAAAGGCGUUCGAUGCGUGCGUUAGUCUGGAGAUGCUCGAGGCUGUCGGGAUCGAAUACAUGUCAACGUAUAUCAAAAUUAUCGACUGGGCAUUGAAAGAUCGAAACUCUGCUGUGGUCCUUUCGGCGACGUGUUACCCUGAUACUACGUUCACGCCAUACCAGGGCGAUGAUUUCAUCCGAAAAUAUCAUUGGCCGCACACAAUUCCCCCAAGUGCUACGUGGCUAGCCCAACAAUUUCAUACAGUGCUCCGUGGACGGUUCUCCCUUGAGAGUGUCGAAGAUUAUGCUCCGCACUACUGUCGAUGCCUACGUGAAUGGGCCAGGCGCCUUCAAGAAAACUGGACGCCGGAGUUGAUCGCGUCCCUCCAAGAUCGAUACCUGGAAUUCUCAGACCCACAUGCUCUGAACGUGUACAAGCGUCGGUGGUUGUACAUGUUCGUUUACAUGGAGGUUGCCUAUUCGCGUGUCUGGCUUACGCUUCAUACGUGGACCUUCGCACGUCCCGUAUGUUCCGAUAUACUUUUAUGAAUUGGGGAUGCUUACUGAGGACUCACUUAGGGAUAU